ACAAGAAGCCUCCAGAUUAUUUGAUAAAAUAGAAUCUCUUAAACGACAAUCAUCCAUAAAAAAAUGGAUUGGAAGUUAUGGUUUAGAUUCAGAUACUGAUGAAAUUUUGAUGAAAAUCUUGAAAACUAUUUAA